GCAGCUGUUUUUGCUACUUAAACGCUUUAUUUUACUUUAUACAAUAACGAUGCACAUUAAAUUUCUGCAUAGUUUUUGGUUGAUAAUUACUGGAAUAUUGUAUUAAUAUCGAUUCAAUAUUAUUUGUUUUGUCCCUGUUAUUUUCAGUAUGUGCUGAGUAGGUUGUCAUCCAACACUUGCUGCUAUUGGACACUGAUGUAAACAAUAUGGCGGUCACUGCGAGAAGAAAACAGUGAUGUUUUGUUUAUCACUUAUGAAAACGUGUGAAACAGAACUAUUUGAAAAAGAAGAUGAUUGUCUCACAGGAAAAAAGAAAGAAAUAUCAAUGGAAUUUCAAGAAUACGAACUAUCCUCGAAAUAAAUUGCCAGCAAUUACUAAUGCACCUACAGUGGAUUAUCAGGCACUGGAGUGGCUUAACAGCAUCCAUGGGCUUUCAUCAAGCCAGAAGCCAGAGACUACAAUGGAGGCUCACCGGGUAUUUAUGAACAACUACCACAAAAUGUUCAUCCCAGAAGUUAAGAAAUGUGGCCUCCCUAUUCACACAGAGAAGAGAAUUGUUAUUGACAAACUUAUGGUCCACAGUGACAGUGAGCAGGCCACAGGAAGACCAACGUCAGAGGCAGAGAGGAAGACAGUGAGGAAGAAACUGACCACGGAGGAAUUUACUCACAACAUCAAAGAUUACCUCCCCUUAUUUCACAAAGAGCACAAGAGUCAAGAUCCUGCUGCUGUUCGCGCUGACAAUAUUAAAACUCUGAGGCAAAUUUUACGCAAGCUACCAUUUGAGAGGACAGCCCUUGAUAAUGAUAAGAUUUUCUCCAUUCUUAAAACAUUUGACUUUUUUGCGGAAACCUUCACCAACAAUGUGCUCAAAGAGUUGUGUGUUGUCACUCAAAUGGAGAUAUGGCGCGAGGCAGACUUUACAGUGUUUGGCAGCACCGGUCUUCACAUGGUGUUACGAGGGAAGGACCCAUUAACAGAACCUCACAUCUUCACUGCACUUAAUACCACUGACUCAGAUCUUCGAUCACCAACUCCAGUGCUAGAAUCUUCAGAUACUGUGCUGGAGCCUGGAGACUGCUUUGGAACUGUUUUGAAACUUAAAGACAAGGCUCCUAGUACCAGGCUGCUAAGUGUCAAAACAAUGGAAAACAACUGUGAGUUUCUUAAAAUUUCUGCAUCUGAUUAUUCAAAAGUCAAUGAGCAAAUCCAGCUGAGGGAGCAUACAGAAAAGUUAAACCUCCUUCUGUCCUGCUCACAAUACCGCAUGUGGCCACGUCAGCCACUCAUACAGGUUGCAACUCACAUUGAGUGGUUAACCUAUCCUCCUAAUACUGUGAUUGUCAGUGAGGGCUACAAGGCACCCUUCAUCGGCUUCAUCAAGACUGGAGAAUGUCAUGUGCUUCGACAAGUGGAUGUCCUCCAGACGCUAAGAAAUGGGCACAAAGAGAAACGCACCAAGCAAGUUGUGAUGGGGAAGCUGGGGCCAUCCGAUUCCUUUGCAGAGUUGAGUCUCCUUCAAGACGAGCCUGUCACUUGUUCCAUAGUCACAGCAACUGAUGUGGAAAUGGGAGUUAUAAAACCAGGCCAUCUCCAUGAACUGGAUCAAGUUACUGUACAGCUUUUUAAACACUCCAGUACCCAUACCUUUGGUGAACUAACGAAGGAAGACAUCCAGAAUGAAUAUGUGCACCAGGAACAGAAACGAGCUUGGAAUGAAUUUAAGCACAGCGUCAUUGUGGAUGUCAUCAAUGCCAAUGGAAUUCGACCUGGCUAUGGAAAUGGGCCAAGUGACAGACAUGCCAGCCAUGGAAAUGGCUAGUGAGACAGACAUACUUGCUACAGGAAGAGGGCAAAGAGCAAAUAUGUGCCGUAAGCUGCCUUUGUAGCCUGGCUGAAGGAACACACAGAGGGUGUCCUGCCUACCUAUAGUUUACACCUGACAUUGGGUGUACAAAUAAAGUACAAAAUAGCCUGUUCAAUACAAGGUCAAAGGCAAAAGAACAAUUUGUAUAGACUAGUUUUAAUGUCUUGAGUUUAUAAAUAAAAAUGUGAUGGAUCGUUACAAUAAAUCGUGCAAAAUAA